AUCAAUCAACGAUGUUCAAGCUUAUCGUCGCCCUCUGCGCCUCGAGCGCCGUCGCGUUCCAGUCGGCCAUGCCGGCGGCCCGCGCCACGUCCUCGCUCAAGGCCGUCGAGGAGUUCGAGAUCGGCGUGCAGCCCCCGGCGGGCUUCUUCGACCCGCUCAACUACUGCGAGGACCAGCCCGAGUCCUUCGUGCGCCGCCGCGCCGUCGAGCGCAAGCACGGCCGCGUGACCAUGGUCGCGUUCGUCGGCAUCCUCGUCCACAACGCGAACAUCGAGUUCCCCGGCUACCUCUCCAAGUCCCAGGGCCUCAAGUUUUCCGACAUCCCCAACGGCAUCUACGGCCUCUCCAAGGUCCCCUCCGCGGGCCUCCUCCAGAUCCUCCUCUUCUUCGGCCUCGUCGAGCUCGCGUGGUGGCCCGCGUCCAACUACUCCGGCGACUACGGCGUCGGCUUCUUCGGCGCCAAGUACGAGGGCGAGGAGAAGCUCCAGAAGCUCAACGCCGAGAUGGCCAACGGCCGCCUCGCCAUGCUCGGCGUCGCCGGCGCGAUGCUCGCCGAGGGCCAGACCGGCGAGACGCUCUCCGAGCAGCUCCUCGCGCUCAACUUCAACCCCUUCGCCUAAGCGGCGACGGCGGUGCGGUCGGCGCGGUCGGCGGCGGCGCGGCCACGACGGCGCGGCGGCCGCGCGCGCGCGGCGGCCGCGACGCGCGCGCGGGCGGCGCGGAGUAAGAGCGCGUCCCGACGGAAGGUCGGCGAUUAGCCAGUGCGAUAAUGCUCCUCAACGGC